AUGGCAUCAGCAGGAACGAUCAUCGUAACGGGAUCCAACGGCGGCCUUGGCUCCGCCAUUGUGGAAAACAUCCUCAGCAAGCCGGACUUGGCCUCCAACUACACCGGUGUCUAUGCCGUGCGCAAGGCCGCGACCGCCACGAAGCUCCAAGCUGCUCUCUCCAAAGCCCCGCCAGAUCACAAGCAUGAGACGAUAGAGCUCGACCUUGGCUCGCUGGCAGACGUGAGAAAGGUGGCUGCGGACAUCAACGCCCGCGUGGCCAAGGGCGAUUUACCUAGGAUCCGGGCCCUGAUUCUGAAUGCUGGAUAUCAGGACCACGGCGGCUUUGCCAUGAGCGAGGACGGCUUCGAGAUGUCAUGGCAGGUCAACUUCUUAUCCAACAUGCUCCUGUCGCUCCUCCUCCUGCAGAGCAUGGACACGCAGGAGGGCCGUAUUCUCGUCAUCGGCAGCUGGGCGCACAACAUGGAAGAUACGCGCAACAAUGCGUCGACCGCAUACAAGGAUCCCAGAUAUCCGACUCUGUAUCCGGGCGUGGAGGCGCUUGCCAAGGGCCAAUGGAGCAGGCCUGAAGAUGAUCCGAGCAGCAACUCGGGCUUCCGUCGAUAUGGGGCCAGCAAGCUCUGCGUCAUCAUGUUCUGCCAGGAACUGGCAAACCGCAUAGCCAAGGACCCCAAACUGAGCAACGUCUCCGUCAUCGGCCUCGACCCCGGCGGCAUGCCCACCGACAUUGCUCGCAGAGCAGGCUUCCUAAUAGGCUCAGUUGUCAUGAAGGUCGUGGUACCCAUCAUCGCUGCGAUUAGCGUUCGCAUCAACGGGAACGGCAUGUUCAGACCUGCGUGGAAGAGCGCGGCAGACGUCGUAAGGGCUUGCUUCGAGAUUGAUCCCCACAGAGGCGAGCUGCUGCAUCUCGAUGGCACGGUUGAUCUGGAGAUUGCAAAGGAGGCGAGGGACGAGGCCAAGAGGAAGGAGGUGUGGGAGUAUGGGCUGAAGGCGGCGCGAAUUGAAGAGGGCGAUACGGCGUUGGCGGACUGGAAAUAG